GAUUCCGGAAAGGGGGAGAGCAGCGAACAUGGCGGCGGAGCGCGGCACGGGCCAGCAACAGUCGCAGGAGAUGAUGGAGGCACGUGGGCCUGUGAACUGGGCUGGUUUUCUUGGCCAAGUGGAUAGUGGAGCGUGGACGAAGUUGACAGGCGGGUGGAGUCGGAAGAGUCGGGCGACGAAGAAGGGAAGAAGCAGAGCAGCGGGAUAGUGGCCGACCUCAGCGAGCACAGCCUGAAGGAUGGAGAGGAGCGGGGGCACGAGGAGCCCGAAGAAGGACAAGAGCCGCCUGUGGAUAUGGAAACCAUUAACCUGGACCGAGACGCAGAGGAUGUGGAUUUGAAUCACUACCGCAUUGGGAAGAUCGAAGGCUUUGAGGUGCUGCGGAAAGUGAAGACUCUCUGUCUUCGUCAGAAUUUAAUUAAAUGCAUUGAGAACCUGGAGGCGCUGCAGAGCCUUCGCGAGCUGGACCUUUACGACAACCAGAUCCGGAAGAUCGAGAACCUGGAGGCGCUGACGGAGCUGGAGAUUCUUGAUAUUUCCUUCAAUCUGCUGAGAAGCAUCGAAGGGGUCGACAAGUUGACGCGGUUGAAGAAACUCUUCCUGGUGAACAACAAGAUAAAUAAAAUUGAGAACCUAAGCAGCCUACGUCAACUGCAGAUGCUGGAGCUGGGAUCCAACCGCAUCCGGGCAAUUGAAAAUGUCGACACGUUAACUAACCUGGAGAGUCUGUUUUUGGGGAAAAACAAGAUCACAAAACUUCAGAACCUCGACGCGCUCACCAACCUGACGGUGCUCAGCAUGCAGAGCAACCGGCUGACCAAGAUCGAGGGCCUGCAGAGCCUGGUGAACCUGCGGGAGCUCUACCUCAGCCACAACGGCAUCGAGGUCAUCGAGGGCCUGGACAGCAACAACAAGCUCACCAUGUUGGACAUCGCGUCGAACAGGAUCAAAAAGAUUGAAAACGUCAGCCAUCUAACCGAGCUGCAGGAAUUCUGGAUGAACGACAACCUCCUGGAGAGCUGGAGUGACCUGGAUGAGCUCAAGGGCGCCAAGAGCCUGGAGACGGUGUACCUGGAGCGGAACCCCCUGCAGAAGGACCCCCAGUACCGGCGCAAGAUCCUGCUGGCGCUGCCCACCGUGCGGCAGAUCGACGCCACCUUCGUCCGCUUCUGAGCCGCACCGCGGCCCCGGCCUCCCUCAGAAGAGCCUCCUGGCUGCGGUUUUUAAUCCUCCCGUUGCUCCUGAGUCGUCACUAUCGACAGUCACAAACGCAAUGGCAAUAAAAAGGCACCGAGUGAAAGGCCCGUGUGUGACGCCGCUCCGCUCGCGCCCCGGGACGCCAGCUCUGUCGCCUCCGGCUGCACUGAGCUCGAGCCAGCGGCCCACGGCCGGGGCGCCCCGCGUGGCGAGGGCACGACCCUGUGUUUCCCUGUCUCCGGGGGAGGCGAGGCCCCGGCGGGCGUCGGGGCGGACGCCAGGGUGUUUGCCCGUCGGCCGAGACUGGCGUCUCAGGCCCGUGGUGCCAGGUUCGUUUUCUGUAUGAAGUAACCAAACCGCGGGCAAGGACGACGGGGCCUGUGUGCCGCGCGCGACCCAGCGCACCCUCCUGAGCAGUGGCUGCACGCCGGGCCUUGCUGACGUGCCUAACCCGAACCCCGCACCCGCACCCGCAUGCACGCGCGCACACACCCCCGCCCGCAGUGCCGCCGGCGGCCAAGCCCACCUGGCUCUCCCUGCAGGGACCCCCCACCCCGUCACCCCUUGUGCGCAGCUGGAUCCGUGCACGACCAACAUCGGCCACCCCCCAGAUGGGCCAGGGGCCUUGUCGUCGCUUGGGCUCUCGGGUGUUUGUCCCCCUCUGCGGAACGGUCCCGAGGCCCCGGCCCCAGGUUCAGGAGCCCCUGCGCCUCAUGCAGCUGCGUCCGUUCUAACUUCUACUUGUUCCAAUGAAAAUAAAACUUCGCGUCCUCGGCA